AUGGUCAACCGUCAGGCACUACAAUUGACCUCACUCCCAACCGAGAUUCUCUUUCUCGUUGUCUUUUCCAUCGACAAUGCCAAAGACUUACGCUCCCUUGCCUCCACCAACCAUUACUUUCGUGACCUUGCCGGUCCACACACCGUAACCGCACAACUAUGGUUCACAAAGGUAAGUCGAGACAUAGCCCCAGAGGACCUCCUACGAACCGCCAACGAGUGGGGCUUCCCACUAACAACCGACUACGCGAAAAAUCUCAUAAUGGUGAACGCGCCGAGCGAACCUUCUUACUUAUGUGCAGAACCACCUGGUCCGCGACGAGCACUUCAACGAAUAGAACGCGUCCUGCACGUGGUUGAAAGGUUCGGGCUGUUUCUACAAAAUACGCUCGCAGUCAAUUAUUAUUAUCCACAUGAUUGGGAUGCGUAUCAACGUGUUGCGGAUGAAGUGGAACAGUAUUUGGAGGAUUUGGGCUGGGUGCAAUUUUAUCGUGGGCAAAUGCAUCGUGGGAUCGAUUCGAUGAUUGUGUCGACUGUUGAAACGGAUAUCGAGUUUGAGGCAGUUGCGUUUGAGGCUUUUGCGAAAAAAUUGAGAGAGGAAAUUGCGGUGAUGUCUACAAUUACAGUUGCUAGUCCGAAAAAGUCUAGUAAUAGUAGUGGUAAUAGGCAAGAUGAUGUUGACAACAGCAGUAACAAUAAUGAACUUUUUGCAUCUGAAGCAAGCGAAGAAAUUUAUUUGAAAUGGACAAGUCUUAUACAAGAUCAAUUGAAUUUCUUCUCGAUGGAACAAUACAUAAUGGAUAAAUUUAAACCACCUUCGAAAUGGCAACUAGCUGAAUAUUUAACGGCAGUUGUUGCCGGGUUAGCAGAACGAGGGGACAAUGAUAAUGUUAGGUCGACUAACGUUGCCUCUCGAGGAGAUAGGUCGAUUAACGUUGCCUCUCGAGGAGAUAGGUCUACCAACGUUGCCCCUGCCAAUGGUGGAACAAUAUAA